AUGGCUAACGCCGGAAAAAAGUCUAAAGGAAAGAUUUACUAUGUCGAUGAUUUUUUGAGUCUAGCUGUUAAUUUCUUCAAUACUUUGGGCAUUGAUCCUUAUGAAACUGUCGUGAAAACAAAUAUUUGGUUUCAACUAUAUUAUGUGACAAACUUAAUUAACAUGGUGUAUAGUUUUGUUGCUGACGCAGUGUACCUGGCAAACACGUUACGCGAUAAAGAAAAUGUGCUGGAGAGCUGCAUGGUAUUGAGCUACUUCACCUUCGGGGCCAUUGGUCUUUCAAAAAUAUGUGCUGUAAUGUACCGAAGGCCAAAGAUGACCAGUUUGGUUAAGCAAUUGAAGUCCUGUUUUCCGUCAAGUGCAUUGGAUCAGGAGGAAUACGAUGUGAAGUCCUGUCUGAAACGCACCCAUAUGUACACCAAGGGGUUUGGUGCGCUCUACACGGUCAUGUAUUUCGCACACACCCUAACUCCAAUAUUCGUAUACUUCUUUGAAAAAGUGCUGCUUAAGAAUCCUGAUGCCAAGCAGACAAUGCCGUUUUACCAAGUGGAGCCUUGGGAAUGGCGCGACACCUGGUGGUUUUAUCCAACCUAUUUUCACCAGUCGCUCGCCGGAUAUACGGCUACAUGUGGAUCCAUUUCCAGUGACCUCAUGAUCUUCGCUGUGGUCCUGCAGGUCAUCAUGCACUACGAUAGACUGGCCAAGGUUCUAAGAGAGUUCAAGGUUCAAGCUCUAAUCAAGCCCAAUGGAGCUGAUGAGGAUCUGAAGAAGUUGCAGUCCCUAAUCGCCAAUCACAUUAAUAUACUGCGACUCACCGAUGUGAUGAACGAGGUCUUUGGAUUUUCAUUGUUGCUCAACUUUGUGGCAUCUUCGUUGCUCGUCUGCCUCGUGGGAUUUCAAUUAACCAUCAAAUUCAGUCUCCAGUAUUUUGGCAAGCAGGUGCUGCUACUGGUUUCCGUAUUGUUUGAGGUCUAUCUCCUCUGCUCCUUCAGCCAGAAGUUAAUAGAUGCUAGCGAAAACGUGGGCUAUGCGGCUUACGAUAUGGACUGGUUCGGUGCCGACAAACGAAUCAAGAAAAUGUUAAUCUUUAUAUCUAUGCGAGCCCAGAAGCCAGUUUGCCUAAAAGCCACAGUUUUCUUGGACUUAUCCAUGUCGACUGUGACCAUCUUUCUUAGCAUGACGUAUAAGUUCUUUUGCGCUAUAAGAACUAUGUAUCAAUAA